AUGAAAGACACUCUGCGCAAGAAGACCACCAAGACCACUUCAGGCAGCGAGUUCGACGUGACUUCGCAGCUGGAUGUCACUUCUCAGUCCAGCGAAUCCGUCUCGCCCAAUCCAUGGGCCAGUGAGACGUCAUCUACCCUGAAUGGUGAAGGUAUUUCUCGCCAGGUAUCCAAGACUUCCAGGACCCCGGACACUACGUCUCCCAUACGGAGCAUCAUGUCGACUGCUACCAAGGAAGAAGAAUCUGGCUCUCCGCCUCCAUCUGUUCAGCGACUGGACGUUCCUGCCGCUGGCGACGCCGGUGCCCUCGACGACUCUGGCAAACCCACCCGCCGGAGAAAGACCGUCACCAAAACUCCUCAUACUUUCGAGCUUGAGGCUGAUCUAACUCCUGCCAAACAAAAGGAACAGCAGCAGCAACAGCAGCCUGUCGCUGCACCGAAUGAAUCACACAAACCAGACAUCCAAACGCCCGCCCCCAAAAAGAAGAAACGAGUUUCUUCAGUCGCCCCAGCAGACGCCACGCCACCUCCCACGGUCAAUGUCAAUGCAGUGCCAUCCACUAAUGUAGCGACUCCCUUGUCAUCACCAAAAUCAACUUCUUCUGUUGCGCCUCCUCCCGCGUCGAAUCAAGCUCCUCCUCCUCCCUUAGCAACGACACCCUCGUCGUCCCUCAAACCCAAUUCCUCCCCGACUGUGGCGCCGGUGAACCCAUUCACGACACGAACCAAGAAAUCCCAGUCCAUGUCCUCGGUCCUUCAGGUCUUUGCUUCUAAUCCGUGCCGUUUCACCCCGCCACCCCUGCCGAAAGAAUCUUUUCACGGCAAGGUGAUCGUGGUUACCAAUGGGGCGAGUCAAACAGGCCAGUGCGUAAUACGCCAAUUCCACUCGGCGGGCUGUCGGGUGAUCUUUGGCGACACAAAUAGUGACCAGGCUCGUAAGUUUAUCUCCUCGCUCGGCCCGCCGCACGUGGUUCACUUCAACAAAUGCGACAUGACGAGGUACUCUGACAUGCUGGACCUCUUCAAGCUCGCCAUCACCAUGUACGGUCGCGUCGAUCACGCAAUUUUCGGCGUGGGCGAUGAUGGCGGCCAAGCGUGCCCAGUAGGUGCGGGUGAAAAGGGCUGGUUUGAAGACCGGUCCGGGAUCAACAAGACAGCCAAGAUGGCAUACGACGAGGUCGCAUCAGAACCCGCUGGUUUGGCAGACAUCGUCACGGCGAGCAUCAGGUUUGCCCGAAUUGCCCUGGCAUAUCUGAAAUAUUCCCCCAAGUCCAAGAGCAGCAGCAAGAAGGCCAUCGUGAAUCCUUACUCGCGACCGCAGCCCGAGCCUCCUGCCUCGCCGGGCAUGAACGACCGCAGCCUGACCUUUGUCACAUCCGCGGCCGCGUUCAAGGAAACCCCGCAGCUGCCCAUCUAUCAAGUCACCCAACACUCGAUCCUGGGGCUCGUGCGCAGUCUUUGGACCAACGUCGAUCCAGACCCAGAACGCGACGGCGUGCGCAUCAACGCGGUCGUCACGAACGUCAUGGUCCCGCGCGCCGUCGCCCAGUCCGGUGGUCGGAGUAUGUCGGUGCAGCUUCCGCCCGAUCGGCCAGAGGAUAUUGCCCGCGUCGUCGUGGGUGUAGUGGCCACGAAUGCUUCCACGCCUGACAUCAACGGCGGAGACUCAACGGGUGGGGGCGGCAUUGCCAGCGGCGGGGGGGUCUGGUACGAAAAGGGCCACGAGAGAGGGAUGCGCGAGAAGUACCUUCACGGCAGGGUCAUCUACGCCGUGGGCACGGAGGGAUGGGACGUCCAGGAGGGCAUGAACCGCAGUGAGGCUGUCUGGUUGGGUCAGAAGCCUGCCGACGCCCUGAAUCGCAGCAUGGCCGGAAUGAGCCUGGACGGCCAGAGUACUUGGAUCCUCGAUAUGGUCUGA